GAUAUAAUGACCAAGCCCGCUGCUGAUUCUUCGGAUGCAUCGAAAAAGAAAUCCGAGCAUGAAAUACUGAAGAAGAUUGACGGGUUGCGGGAAGCAUGUGACGAGUUUUUGAUUAUGGAAGGGCGAGAUCAAGCUGGUUACAAGGAUGGAGUACGCUUCUUCACAAUGUCAGGUGUACUGCAAGAGAUCAUUUGGGUUCUACAGCACGCGGACUGCGGCUUAACGGGAGAUGCAAAACGCGAGGACCGUCUGGAAAUGCUCGCUAGUCGUGUCAAAGUGUUAGCCCGCCGUGCACAUCGUCUCAAGGGUGCGCCGCCCGCCGAAGGACACAGAUACAAGCCGAAAUUUUUGCAUGGCGGCACGGGCAAAGACGAGGGCGAUUACGUCGUGGAUGCGCCUGGCAGCGGAGGCGCCCCUGGCAGCUCCUCCUCUCAACCACGCUCAUCCAUGGCAGAGGGCGAGGCGCUACCAGAGGACGAAAAUGGCCCUGACCCCGGAGCGAUAAUGUCAGGGGCCGACGAUGCGGAAGCAGAGGUAGAUGAACGACUUAGCAGUAGAAAAAGACCAAAACGAAAAUCAGAGCCUCCACUUUGGGACCGUAUACUACCAGAAUUGCGCUACUCUGUGCUGCAUCUCAGUCGGAAGAGUGCCGGUGCGUCUCGAGCGCGCGACUGUGAGCAAUUUACCAACGAGACGGUUCGCUCAUACCGGCACUGGGAGAAAUUAUAUGACACGGAUUUCUCGUCUCUCUUCACUAGCCUUGAGAUUUUCACUUGGAUGAACUACAAGCAUGGUAGAAAUUAUUGUGUGCCAUAUUGAUGUACUGAAAUUGCUUCUCUCCUUCUUGUUGGCAGUUCAGUUGUUGUACUUAAGUAUGAUUCUGAUUUUUCAAGUAUCUGGCUUUUCGCGCUAACACUUGCUUUCCAGGGGAAAAUUGUCGCCGUACAUCGAUGUAGAACUGAUGUCUUCGCUCGAUAGUUCCGGCGAGCGUGUGCAGCUUCGCUGUUCCCGAGCGGAGGUCAUGCAAGAUCAGAUUUCUUGCGCGUUGGUCGCUCUGGGUUUCCGACCGACCCGCCACGGGACGCGACGCUUUACGAGCGGGCCGCGCGACAUGCUUGAAGUCUUCGCGGUGCUCAAAGAUCGACAUGCAACGUCAUCGAAAAAAAGUGCUAUCGAGGAUAAGCAGACCAAAUUGGGACAGGAGGACGCCAUCGCGGAGAUCCACUUUUCGCGGGAGGAUGCGCAUCUAGGAUACGAUCAUACAUCAUAUGUCACCGCUUUUGGACGCAACGAC